AUGCAAAAACAAAAACAUACAACAGUGUGGAUUCGCUGGUGGUCACCCACCCAACUACUAACUCACCGGCGUGUGGCUUAUGUGCGGCCAGUAGUCGGGUGGGUGUCGCCAGGAAUGUCAUUGGAUCGUACUUUGGCCUCUGAAACGCUCAGCAUCUUGGCACCUGCACAUAGCCACAAUUAG